AUGGUACAGACUCAUGUUGAUGAGCAACCAAAGGGUGUGCCUCAGAAUCGUCCACCUGCACAUAUGAAUGGCGAUGAAGAAAAGGUUUAUCCUGGCCAACUCCCAGUGUUGACCUGGGAACAUAAGCUAACUCAUGUUAGACAUGAUUUGCCGUCAUUCAGACUUACAUGGAGAGAGACAAUGCAGCUGGCUGGUCUUGGUUUACGUCUCAGUCGACAUAUCGUUGAGGAAACUUCAAAAGGGCGAAUUGCUGUUAUUGAUCCUAUGAAAAAGCGGGCUGCAAGAUCUGGUCAGGGUGUCCCACUUGGUGGUAUUGGUGCAGGAAGUAUUGGAAGAAGCUACAAAGGUGAUUUCCAACGCUGGCAAUUGUUUCCAGGAACUUGUGAAGAUAAACCUGUAUUGGCAAAUCAAUUUUCUGCCUUCAUUUCCCGCCAAGAUGGUAGAAAAUAUUCCACAGUGUUACAUCCUGGGAAACCAGAUUUGCUGAAAGGAAGUGACAUUUCAGGAAUUGGAUCCUGGGACUGGAAUAUGAGUGGACAACAAUCUACUUACCAUGCCCUUUACCCUAGGGCCUGGACAGUAUAUGAUGGAGAACCUGAUCCUGAGCUCAAUAUAGUGUGCCGUCAGAUUUCUCCAAUUAUUCCACACAAUUAUCAACAGAGCAGCUAUCCAGUUGCAGUAUUCACUUUUACAGUAACAAACUCAGGACAUACAGCUGCUGAUGUGACUUUGCUUUUUACAUGGGCUAACUCUGUUGGUGGAAAAUCUGAACUCACUGGAUAUCAUUCCAACUCUAGUAUGAUAGAAAAGGAUGGUGUUCAUGGCAUACUAUUACAUCACAGAACAGCAGAUGGUCAACCACCUGUAACUUUUGUGAUAGCAGCACAGGAGAAAGAGGAUAUCCUUAUCUCUGAAUGUCCUUACUUUGUGAUAUCUGGGAGCUCUGCAUCUGAUGAAUUCACAGCUAAAGAUAUGUGGAAUUCUGUGAAAGAGCAUGGAUCUUUUGAUCAUCUUGAUCCCAUCAAGACAUCGAUGUGCUCCAGACCAGGAUCAUCAAUAGGGGCAGCUAUUGCUGCUUCAGUUAAGCUGGCUCCCAAGGCAACCCAGGAUAUUUCAUUUUCACUUGCAUGGGCUUGUCCUGAAGUGAAGUUCUCUAGUGGGAAAACCUAUCAUAGGCGUUACACCAAAUUUUAUGGCACAGAUGGUGAUGCAGCAGCAGCCCUUGCUCAUGAUGCCAUUCUUGAGCAUGCUUCCUGGGAGAGGCAAAUCGAGGAGUGGCAGAAUCCUAUUUUACAAGAUGAGAGGUUUCCUGCUUGGUAUCCAGUUACACUUUUCAAUGAACUCUACUAUCUUAAUGCUGGAGGAACUAUAUGGACAGAUGGAUUGCCACCAAUUCAAAGCUUGACAGCAAUUGGCUGGAAAAAGUUUUCUCUUGACAUGUUAAAUGGUGAAUCUGAUGAUUUCAAUGAGAUGGUUCGACAGAAUAAUACUGCUUCUGAUAUUCUUCAUCGAAUGGCAUCAGUAUUUGAGAGGAUGCAUGCAUCUAUUGCAUCAAAUUCUGCUAUAGGAACAACUUUGCUUCAGGGUGAAGAGAACAUUGGCCAGUUUCUAUACCUCGAGGGCAUCGAGUAUUAUAUGUGGAACACGUAUGAUGUUCAUUUUUAUGCAUCAUUUUCACUGAUCAUGUUGUUUCCAAAACUCCAACUUAGCGUCCAGAGAGACUUUGCUGCCGCUGUUAUGAUGCAUGAUCCUGAAAAGCUCAGGAUCUUGCAUGAUGGAAAAUGGGCUGCAAGAAAAGUGCUCGGCGCUGUUCCUCAUGAUCUUGGGUUAUAUGACCCAUGGUUCAAAGUGAAUGCGUACACGCUCUAUAAUACAGAUCGAUGGAAAGAUUUGAAUCCAAAGUAUGUGCUGCAAGUUUAUAGAGAUGUUGUGGCCACAGGCGACAAAUCCUUUGCUCGAGCUGUUUGGCCAUCAGUUUAUAUAGCAAUGGCAUAUAUGGAGCAAUUUGACAAGGAUAAAGAUGGAAUGAUAGAAAAUGAGGAUUUCCCAGAUCAAACGUAUGACGUGUGGUCGAUGGCUGGUAUAAGUGCAUACUGUGGUGGUCUUUGGGUGGCUGCUCUUCAGGCAGCAUCGGCCUUGGCACGUGAGGUUGGUGACAAAGCUUCUGAAAAGCUUUUUUGGGACAAAUAUGAGAAGGCCAAGUCUGUCUAUAGCAAGCUGUGGAAUGGUUCUUACUUCAGCUAUGAUGAUGGCGACAACAAAGUUAGCACAUCUAUCCAAGCAGAUCAAUUGGCUGGACAAUGGUAUGCCAAAGCCUGUGGUCUCUUCCCAAUUGUUGACAAAGAUAAGGCACAAAGUGCGCUAGAGAAGAUAUUUUCUUUCAAUGUCAUGAAGUUCAAAGAUGGUACAAGGGGAGCUAUGAAUGGGAUGUGGCCAGAUGGCACUGUGGACAUGUCUGCAAUGCAGUCUAGGGAGAUAUGGCCAGGGGUGACAUAUGCACUAGCUGCAAGCAUGAUUCAAGAAGGCAUGGUUGAGCAGGGAUUUAAAACAGCUGAAGGGAUCUAUCAUGCUGCCUGGUCUCCAGAAGGACUUGGAUACUCAUUCCAAACUCCUGAAGCCUGGAACAACGACGACGAGUACAGGUCCUUGUGCUACAUGCGCCCGCUCGCCAUAUGGGCAAUGCAAUGGGCACUCUCGAACCCGAAGCUCCACAACACUCCUCAGGCAGACAUACCCCAGGAUUCAUUCCCCAAGAACCAGUUCGCCUACGCGCGGAUCACAAAGCUCCUGCAGCUGCCUGAAGACGAAUCGUCCAAGAGCUUCCUCCGAGUGGUGUACGAGAUCAUCAGGAACAGGUUUAGGUCCUGA